AUGUCAAUAAAUACCAUAUUAACAACCCUCCUCGCCCAACUCUCCAAAAUCUCUCCACCACCUGCUCCAUCAGAGAACGACAACCUCAACCUCAACCUCAACCCCCAACAUCAUCACCAACAUCAACAGCCUAGCAGAAAUAAUAUAUUCACCAACCUCUCCGCGAAAAAUACAACUCAACUCAAAAACCUGCUAUUAACGCUACACUGCCUCUUCCCUAAUGAGCUGCUACUUGCGCUUGAUAUAUUGGACAAAGGGUUCGUUACGCGAUAUACCCACCCGAAUAAUCGCGCCAAUAAUCUGAACCUCGGAGAUGCGGAUCAGGAUACGUUGAUAUUCAUCGUGCAGUCAACCUCCAACCAUGACCGAGACUCCGGAGGAGUACGAAAGGCAUAUCACGUCCACCUCAAGACAUGGAACUGCUCCUGUCCAGCGUUUGUGCUGAACUGUUUCCCGGCAUCAUUGUCCUCCUCAACACCAAAAGAUGAUGACGAUGUGGAGGUUGAUAUUUUCAACGGCCAAAGCGAGGAGGAAGAAGCCUGGUUUGGAGGCACAUUACGGAACCGCGAAGCGUCCUACGAUGAUCGGGCGGUGCCUGUUGAUAGUGCGGAUAUUGAUAGGGCGAAUGAGGUCGCUGGGUGGUGUGCUGCAUGA